AUGGCUUGUUGUGCACAUAUUGCCAUGUGUUUGUUCAGCGGAAACUACACAGAUAGGCUGUCACUACUGGAGUUCAAAAGGACAAUCAGUGAUCCAAACGAAGCCUUAAUUUCUUGGAAUGACAGCACCAACUUCUGUAGCUGGGAAGGUGUCUUAUGCAGUGUCAAGCACCCACAUCGUGUCAGUUCUCUGAAUCUCACAAACAAAUAUUUGAUUGGGCAAAUAUCUCCAUCACUUGGAAACCUAACAUUCCUAAAAGUCCUAAUAUUGUCAGGGAAUUCAUUUUUUGGGGAGAUCCCUGAAUACAUUGGUCACCUUCAUCACCUCCAAAUUCUCAAACUGAAUGACAACACGCUACAGGGAGGGGUACCCAGCCUUGCAAAUUGUUCAAAACUCAAGGAGCUAUGGCUGAGUAAGAACCAACUAGCUGGACAGAUUCCUGCAGACUUGCCUAAUAGCCUCCAAAAGGUGAUUCUUGCUGCUAAUAAUCUUACUGGAACCAUCCCUGCUUCUUUUGCCAAUAUCACAAUGCUAAAGAACUUUACUUGCAUGAAUAAUAAUAUCGAGGGAAACAUCCCAAAUGAGUUUGCAAGCCUAAGUGGGCUGCAACAGCUGCAGCUCGGCAACAAUAAGUUGUCAGGUGGUUUCCCACAGAUCGUUCUGAAUCUCUCUAAACUAGUUGUGUUUAGCGUUGCUUCCAACAGCCUAAGCGGAUAUUUACCAGCAAACCUCGGUAUCUCUCUACCCAACCUGAAAUAUAUGUCUCUAGGCGGCAACUUCUUUCAUGGGCACAUUCCACCAUCAAUAACAAAUGCUUCCGAGCUGAUCAUUCUUGAUAUGUCAAGGAAUAAGCUCACUGGGGUGAUUCCUAGCUCAAUCAUCAAACUUCACAAGCUGUAUGCACUAAGUCUCGAGUUCAACAAACUCCAAGCAAGGAACAAGAAGCAAGACUGGAAGUUUAUGGACAGCUUGGCUAAUUCCACUGAGCUACAAGUAUUCACAGUUCUGAGUAAUCAUCUCGAAGGCAAUGUGCCAAAUUCAUUAGCUAACCUUUCCAGCCAACUCCGGUUCCUGUACACUUGUCGAAAAACCAACUGUCAGGAGAUUUUCUUUCUGGUGUAG